AUGCUCCAAAGAGCAUACCGUUCUUGGAGUCUGAGCAAGAUAAUGUCACAAUUCUUCCUUCCUUCAAUAAUGCUGCUGACGAUUGCUUGUUUCAUUAGCUCAACAUCAUGCGAUCAUCAAGAUGAGGCAAUGAAGGCCUUUUUCAGGAAAACCGCUGUCCGUGUCUUUAACAAUGUCUCGGGCCUAUUGAUUGUUCGCUGUCAAUCAAAGGACGAUGACAUUGGCGUGCAGACCUUGCGACCUAACCAAAAUCUCACUUGGAGAUUUCGUCCUCACGUGUUCCCAGCCAACACUCUCUUCUUCUGCCAUUUUUAUUGGGGCUUCAAGGAUCAGAUCUUUGAUGUUUACAAUAACUACAUAGAUGACUUCUGUACACAUCGCCACUCCAAAGAUUAUAGUUGCUAUUGGUCUGUAAGACCAGAUGGUUUCUAUUUUAGUGGUACCAACUAUGCAGGGAGUUAUGUCAAAUGGCAUGACUGGAAGAACAGGUCAUUGAUUUGA